GUAAACCAUACAAAAAUUUUUAUCUCAAGCCGUUUCAAUCACAAUGUUCGGGAAUUAUCACGAAUCAGACCAUCAAACUACCUCUGGCUAUGGCUUUACUCGUCGGUACAAGGAAGUGAAGGAACAUUGUGAAAUAGAGGAAUAUUUUUAGUGUUCAACUCUGGUACACAUAUAUAGUUAAAGGUGGUUUAAAAACAUUCAGCAGAAAGAGACGAAGAAAAUACUUCAGAAGGAUAUAAACAUGGAACAUUUGGAAGUUAAUGGUGCUCAUCUUGAUUCCCAUCGUCGUGAAUCUGGCGGUUCUUCACCUUUUAAAUCAGUUGCUAAAUUCUUGGUCCAUUCAGGAAAACACAGCGAACCAAUCUAUGCUGCGCUUGGUAAAGAUCUUGACGAAACAAUUUAUCCGUCCAUCUCAGACCGAACAUUGAUCCGUAAUCGAGCUUUGCUUCAUUAUAUUGCAACUCUGGCUGUAUCCAACAGCGAAACGGACGAAUUUAACUAUGAAUUCGUGCAAUCAUUGCUGGAUGGAGGAGCGAAUAUUAACGAAGCCGUUGACACUUAUGGUCAAACGAUUUUUCAUGAGGUCGCAAGAAGCUGGAAUUUAGACGUUGCAGCAUUUCUUCUCCAUAACGGAGCGGAUAUCAACCAACAGGAUAAAUAUGGCCGCUCACCACUCCACGUCAGCGCUGCUGCUGAUCAUGCAGAUAUGGUGGAAUUCUUACUUCAAAAAGGUGCAAAUAUCGAUUCACGAUCGAGUGGUGACGGACAGACACCUUUGCACUUUGCUGCAAAAAAUGACGCGGUAUUGUCGUUAAAAGCUCUGCUGGGAUUUGGGGCAAAUAUCGACUCGUUGGACGAGAGAGGUCGCCCUCCACUGCAGGUUGCAGCUGAACUUUCCCGCGCAGCAACUGCUCGCAUCUUGAUCGACGAAGGAGCUUCAAGCUGUAUUUACGACGCAAAUGGAAGUUCUGCAAUGACUGUCUUAACUGAGAAACUUCCAAGUCUUGCAGUGGAAGCAUUAGACCAGCUUCGCGUCUCUGAUACCAUCACAAGACGAGAGUUGUUUUAUCUUAAUCUCCUGGAGGAGUCACUUUUGAAAAAAGAAACAAGAUGUGCACGUACCCCCCUGGAAACCGCUGUUAUCGCUCGCCAAUUUGAUGUACUCAUGCAUCCUGUGAUGCAGAGACUCGUGGCGAUAAAGUGGGAUCAAUAUGGAAAGGUGUGGACAAUUCUGGAACUUGCGAUGAAUCUGGUGUAUGCGAUUCUGUUCACUGUGUUUGCAGUCAGGACGCCUGCUGUUGGGAAAGAUCUGUAUCUACCACUGAGUGACAAAGCCUGGCGUAUAGUCCUGGGAUUGAUUCUGAUACUUAUCAAUAUAUACCAGAUGUAUUUACAAAUAAAAACUACAGUUAAAUCUCAAAAAAGGCAAAAAUCGUGGAUGAAAUGGCGCGUCCAACAACUCAAAGAUGACUUGCAAUAUUGUCAUCCGAGAUGGCAAGAAGAAAAAUAUGUGAAGGAAGAGAUGGGCCUCAUAAAAGGAUUACCUUUACUCUCUACUAUCGAUGCCUGGUUUAUCUUUGAAUGGUUCAUCAUUGUGGCAAUCCUUGUUACAAUUGGUUUAAAUUUAGGAUUUUUUAUAGAUGGUUCGAGUUCAGUAAAAAUUGCCUACAUUCGUGCGUUAACCUUGCUCGUCAUUCUUACCUGGAUACGAAUUAUGAAGUAUUUGCGUCCGUUUCCUGGAAUUGGUACUUUAGUGUUAAUUCUUGGCGCAACCGGUCGGGAUUUUGUAAAUUGGGGCUUCUUUUAUUUGUUAUUGUUCAUUCCAUUUACCAGCUGUUUUUGGAUUAUUUUUGGAGGCAAUGUGGUAAAUCAGGUCCCCAGUUAUGCCUCCACCCAACGUCUGAUUUACACAGGCAUUCAAAUGUCUGUUGGAGAAGAUUUUGAUGUUCAAGGUCUCGUUGCCGCAGAUCCCGUUAUGGCUCGACUACUCGGGGCUGUCUAUGUUGCAGUUAUGGUAAUCGUGUGUCUGAAUAUCCUCAUAGCAUAUCUCUCUAACACCUUUACCUCCGUUUAUUCAAAGGCAGUGGAGAACACUAGCAUGCAAAGGGCAAUAAAUGUCCUUACUGUUGAGAAAUUCCUCACGAAAAAUCGCAAAGAAAGAUACUUUCGUUACGUCCGUGAAAAUGCAAGUCCAGAGGUAGUCUCCUCGUCUUCACUAGUAAUAACUUCGGACGUGCGACAGAGCGCAAAAUCUGCUGAACAAAUGCAGAAAGAUUUCAAGACAAGUCAUGAGGUUUUGACUCAGAGGUUCAGUAGAAAAGUUGGAAAAGGCAAGAUCAGCACUUUUGAUGUUUUGUUGGGAGAUGUGGAAAAAUUAAAAGACCUACAAAAUAGCACGGUCAAUGAUUUAAUUAAAAUUCGAUCGCACCUGGAACAGCUUGGAAAGAAUAUGUUUGGCACCAGGUCCCCCGUGCAAAACGUUUUCCAAGUAAAGCUGACAGCCGCCAAGACGCGCCAACGUAAACUUUCCCAAAGAAUCAGAAUUGAUGAGCCGGACAAUCUUUCACCUCGUACACCGCAGGCGCAAUCAUUUCAUGGCAAGGAACGCGUUAAUUCUGAAUCUAGGGAGAGCAAUGAUGGUGACGGGGAUGAAUCUGGAGAAAAUAAAAAGAAGACAUCACUUGGUGAUUUAAUUCCGCGAAUCUCUAUAUUCAAGGGAAGAGAUAAAAGCGUAAAAAAGGAGAAAGGAAGUGUGAAAUUCGCUGAUAAUGGUGAUGAUGAUGUGUCAGAUGAUGAAACAGCGGAGAACAUUCACAGAGAAUCGUCAAUGACCAGUCCUCCUUCCACGAGCUAUUAUGGACCACGUUCUGGUAGCUCCAGUCCAGAACCACCAAGACAUGACCAGAAGCAUUCUCCUAGAUCCAGGCCUCGUUCUUCCAAAGCGAGGUCAAGAACUCCCAGUCCAGAACCACCAAAACAUGACCAGCAACAUUCUGCUAGAUCCAGGCGUCGUUCUUCCAAAGAGAGGUCAAGAACUCCCAGUGCAGAACCACCAAAACAUGACCAGCAACAUUCUGCUAGAUCCAGGCGUCGUUCUUCCAAAGAGAGGUCAAGAACUCCUAGUCCUGGCCACGAUUCAAACAGACCCAAACGGAAACAAGGUUGGCAGUCAUCAGAACUUGUGCCAUACAACAACGAUCAGGGCUUGGAUAAUGAUGCAUUUGAUGAAGAUUAUUAUGAGACUGGCAGUGAUCGCUGGGAAAGAAUCAGCGCAGAUAGUAUCUCAUUAUGAAAUCCUAGAACUAUGCUUUUCUCAGCGCUUCAAUUUGAGCGUCUAACGCGUUGACGGCUGGAAGUUGACUGGAAGUUCUGGAACUACUAACCCUGGUAGAAAUUAUGCUUUGAUUUAUUAUUAGAGAACGACUUCCAUUUUAUUGUAAUUUUUGUGUAAUGUCUAAUUUGUAACUAUAUAAUACUAUAUUGAAUAACUUAACUUGUCUUGUAAAUAUGUAUUGUGCAACGGCCCCUUGGAAAACAGCUCCUAUUUAUGCUGAAGGGCUACCGUUGUUUUUUAAAAAAGAUCA